CCACUGUACUGCAAACUAUGAUCUACAGAUGGCAGAAGUGUGCUUGGCAUGUAUCUCAUUACCAAAGAAGAAGACUGUACAGGAUAUAUCCUGCACUGUAAACAGGAAUGGAUAAAGUCAUAACCUGUUUCACCAAGCGCCCAGAUGCUUCGGUCCGUCUCAUCUGUUUUCCCUGGGCAGGUGGAGGCUCUAUCCAUUAUGCCCGCUGGGCCAAAACUCUCAACAACUCUAUUGAAGUGUACUCAGUUCGACUGCCAGGUAGAGAAGGGAGAGCCAAGGAACCAUUUUUUCAAAAUAUGCAGGAAAUCAUUGAUGAGGUCAUCGGUGUGCUUCUUCCACAACUCAAAGAAAAACCAUUUGCACUCUUCGGACAUAGUUUUGGAGCUAUGACCUCCUUUGCUUUUGCUGAGCAUGUAAAGAAGGUCUACAACCUUGAGCCGAUCCACGUGUUUCUCUCUGGAGCAUCUGCACCAUAUUCUGAGGCAAGACUGCAGGCACCAAGAAGAAGCCAUCUGUCAGAUCAGGAGUUUCUUGUGUGGGUCACUUCUAUUGGAGGCACACCACCAGAAUUACUGGCCAAUGCUGAGCUCGCCAAACUCUUCUUACCUGCGCUGAAAGCAGACCUCUGUGUAGUGGACAACUAUAGAUGUAGCAGACCAUCAACACCCUUUCUGUCAUGUCCAGUAUCGUGUUUUGACGGAAAAGAGGAUGUACCCCAUGACUUACAAGCUUGGAAGGACAUGACAAGUGGUGACUUCACUGUGCAGAUGCUUUCUGGAUCUCAUUUUUACUUGAAAGAAGAAGCAAAUGAAAAAUAUAUACUGGACCACAUCACAAAACAUCUUGAGACGGCAGAGAUGGACUAUCUGUAGAAACUCUCUUUCAUUAUUUAACAGCAAACGUGAUAAGUUUAUGAUAUAACAACACAUGCAUUCCUAAUUCAUAUUCACACAUUUUGUGUGCAUGUGAGAAAAAUAAAAUAGAUACAAAAGGUUAAACCAAGUAAUGCCAAAAGUAAUCAUUCCAUUAACGGUGCACUGAAAUAUUCCCCUGCUGAAAAAAAAAAAAAACCAGCUAAAACCAGCCUAAGCUGGUUGGCUGGUCAUAGCUGGUUUUAUCUGGUUUCCCAGCCUGGCUAGGCUGUUCAAGCUGGCCUCCUGAACAUUUAAAGAAGUGUCCAAAACCC